AUGGCGAGAAUUGGAGUUGCUUUUUCCGGUGGUGGUAUUCGGUCAGCGUCAUUAUGCUCGGGUGUCCUGCGCAGACUGCUGCAGAAAAAGGUUAACAUAGAUUACCUAAGCUGUGUCUCAGGGGGUGGUUACACAGGCACUGCAUACCUUGACUGGAAAUACCGACAUGGAAAGAAGGACGACCCCGAGUGGCACAAACAGUUCUUCGAGAACAUGCGCAAGAGAAGUGGCAUCUUUUGCAACUGGAAGAAACCCUGCCAAGGAAUCUUAGAUUCCAUUAUCUUGUCCACCAUGGUGAUAUUUGUGGCUUUCAUUAUUCCAAUUCUCCUUUGGACAUCCUACGCAUGCCCACUAGCCUUUGUAGUUGAUUUCCUGUUUGGACGUAUUCUGAGAGGAGGAAGCAAGCCAUGCAAAAAACUCGCCAAGCGCGAUCCUAAAAUAUCAUUGAAGGAAUGCGAACUUGAACGCCAUGCAUCUCCAGAGGUAGUGAAUCAGCAAUUUAUCCUUUUUGCAGUUCCUGUGGCGGUUGCCAUUGUUUGUGGAGUAGUAAGGGGUAUGAUCCCAAAAGGAAAAGGAUUCUUCAAUUUCCUCAUCAUGUCAUGUGUCGUGUUCUUCGGCCUGGUGUUCAUUCCGUGGUUCAUCGACAAUUUUCUGGCUUAUGUUCCAAAUUGGAUGAAGAUCCUUAUCAUUUUGCCGACUUUUAUUGUGUGGUCUUCGUUCCCACUCAUGCGCAAAAAUGCCACGCUGAUGUUGGUAAUUUAUUUCUACUCCUUCGUAAUUUACUGGAGGGUAUUCAAUGGAAGAGUGUUGGAGACAGAGUACGAUGAUGAAAUAUUUUUUAUGCUGCUGGCGAUUUCAACCCUCUUUCUAUGGAGUGCGCCGAUUAUUGGUACAGUACAGCAACGUAUAGGUCACGUGUACAACAGGUAAGGUUAAUUUUGCAUAUGAACCAGACAUGAAUUUCCUGGUUUUAUCAGCACUAACCCUUUGAAUCCUAAGAGUGACUAGCAUCUAAUUUCUCCGCACAAUAUCAACCCAACAAGAUAAAGGAAAUGAUCACCAACUUAAGAAGCUCUUGAUAGUUAAAAAAAUUAUCCUUUUCAGCACCUGAAGAAUUAUGUAGAUAACACUAUGGAGGAUAUGCAUAUUGAUGUCAGGGUAUAAAGGUCAAGCGACAAGGAGUAGUGCUACUUUUCCCGGUUCACAAAUGAAGUUAGAGUGGCUUGGCUCAGUGUAGAGUCUCUGUGGCUCAGUGGUAGAGCAUCUGAGCCAGAAUUUGAAGGUCCGAGGUUCGAUUCGUUUUUUUGGUUUUGUUUUUUAUUUUUCCUACGCUCAUGACAAGACUUCUUCCAUUGAGGAGGACUAACAAGGUUUAUAGAGGCUUAUGGCUAUUCAAGCCGGGAGAAAGCCUAUCUACCACUAACAAGCCUAUGGGCUAACCUUCAGUUCUAAGCUUCAGUUCUAAGCUUCAGUUCUAAACUUCAGCAUCCCCCCACCAGGCAACCCACGGCGUUUGACUCUCCCCCGUGUUCUUUCUACAUAAAAAUUGACCAUUAAAUCCGGAACUUGGACGGGGCAUUUGAACAAAAUUUUGGCCUCGGGGGACGGGAAUUUAACCGAACCAAUCUCUAAAAGUUCAAAUGCCCGAGGCGUUGCCCGGGGGAUAAUAAAGCUUCGAAUUUAUUAACGUAUAACUGACUUGCAGAUGGCGCAUUCAAAGAGCACUCUACACAUCAGCAAGCGUCGGUUGCUGUGGUUGUGCUGGGAUCUCAUGGCGUGACCUUUUUCUUCGCUGUCCGAAGUGUCCACGCUCCAGGCCACGAGGAAUAAAUAUUUCCACAGCUUUGACACUAGAGGACCUUGAUGAUGUGAAGCCAAUUUACAUAAGCGGUAUCACCAUAAACAAAUGGAGACGGACUAACUCCCCCAAGGAGCCAGAUUAUGAACUAUUGAUGAUGACACCUCAUGGGAUUGAACGACUUGAUCGGCCACCCAAUGAACGUGAGUUUGAUGGUAAACUUAUGCCUUUGGACAUUUACCUGUCAGAUGCUAUGGCAACGUCAGCUGCUGCCGUGGAUCAUCAUAUGGGAGCGAGGGAGAGUGAUGACGCGUCCUUUAGAGAUUUAAAGGUUAUUCUUGGAGUUUCCAUGGGAACGGCCAUUGUUUCAGACGAGCGACACGAAGGAAAAAGAAAUUGUUGUAUUCAGGUGAGGACACCCUCUCUCUAAUCGUUAGCUAUGAUCGUCGGGCCGCAAUGUUUAAUGAUAUACGGAUUGAAAUUUUGCCUUAACCCUUUAACUCCCAAGAUACCAUUAGUAAUUCUCAUUACUGUCUGACAUGCAAUUUGUAUGAUGUCAAUUUGGAGAAUUUGGUAUUAGAUCAACUAAUAAUCCCCUAGCUAAUAUUUUACUUUUUUCUCAUCACUUCUAUGCUUGAUAUUGUAUUGUUAUUGUAAAGGAGAAAUUCUCUCUUGGUCACUCAUGGGAGGUAAAGGGUUAAAGGAACAAGUAAAGGUAAGCCCUGUGAUGGAGCCUAUUGACCCUGACCCAGUCUGAGCUUAUUCAGGUUUCUCUGUAGCAUGAGGCGAUUAGGAUUAUACCACUCCCCCCUGGAUGGAAUGCUAGUCCAUCGCAAGGUUACCCCCCAGCAUUUCAUCGAACCCAUUUAUACUUGGGCAGAGAGAGGCACUGUGUGAGUGAAGUCUUUCUGUCUAAGAGCACAACACAUUGACCUGGCCCGGUCUUGAACCCAGACCUCUCGACCUGGAGUCCAGUGCAAUGAUCAGUAGACCACUGCGUGUCCCGCUUAAAGGAACAAGGAUUCACACAAUUUAUUUUGUAUUCAUUCAGAUUCAUUUUACUCUUUAAAUUCUUACCACCAGAAACAACAAUAUCUGACUGUUUUUAGUUUGGCUUGUUUUCAGUUCUUGCCUCUCCUUGUUGAGGUAAUCCGGAUCCUUCCUUUGGUGCUGUGUCUCAUUAUAUUUUGGCACACUGACCAGCGACGUUACUUAGCCUACGGCAUACUGAGUUUCUUUGUUAUACUUGUGUUGCUCACAUUGACUGCGCUCGUACCAACCGGCGGAAGUAAGCCUGGAAGGCUUGAGAGAAUCGCCAGGUAAGUUUGCUGUUCACUGAAGUCAUCCAUUCGGAAUGGAAAAGUGAUACGCUGCAGCCAUAGACUUCGACCUGGGGCCACGGUGAUUGUGACGCUAGUUCUAUUAAAAAAAGAAAAAAAAUUAUGAAAAAAAAACCGAGAAUGAAACAGUUACCAUGGUGUGGUCAUUUGCCUCAAAUAUUGCUUGAUUGCUCAAAUCUGGACAGGGAUUUAUACUUAACCGUAGAAUUUGGAACGCAAUAAGCAGAAGUGAAAAACACGAUUUGUUACCGCAGUGCGCUCUCUCCUUUAGCAUUUAAACUGUUUUAUGCACAAAAUUAUUAAAUUUUCUACAUCGUGACAUGCGUUUAUUUGCGAACCGUUCCACUCUAGAGUGCGCUUUGCGGCUUGACCAAAAUGAAAGAAGUUACAGGAAAAGAUGGCUGGAAAGUGUAGGCUGAGUCUGACGUGCCUCUCCUAAGUAUAAAUUUAGCGCUACUGCAACUCGAACAAGGAGGCCACAUGUUAAACUUAACAAGUUUAAUAUGCGGCUUUUUUUACCCAAGAGAGAAUCUGAUUACCAACAACUGAAAUAAGUAUCUUGGCUGACUUUUGUCUUGGCCGCUCAACAGAUGGUGUACUUUUGGGAUGUGGCCGUAAUGUCAAAAUACAACUAGGAUCAAUGGCACUUUCCAGCCACAGAAUCCACAGUGAAAUAAAAAUACCAGCAACUCUAAGACGCCGUCGCUAAAAAACGUUGAUAAUUUUUUGUUUCUUCACUGCAAUUUCAAAGUGUUUUUUUUUUCCAAUUUUGGGUUUGGUGGUUGAUUUUUUCCUCAGACUCUUUAUGCUCAGAGGAUAAAGAAGCAUACUUUCCUUUUCAUCAAAUCGUAGAUGGUUCACAAUCAACAUCGCUUACGUCAGCUUCGUCCGCAAAACCAUCGGUAUGAUCAAUCAAGGUCCCAAUCCCCCGCCGGUUCUGCGUUUGAGUGACGGAGGUCAUAUUGAGAAUCUUGGUAUUCUACCUUUGUUGAAGUUGAGGCUGAAAAGAAUUGUCUCUGUCAAUGGCGGCCGCACCAUUUCUGACGGGGACUAUGGAGCGACUUUGCUGGCGGGUCUGGAUAUGGCUAGGAAAAAGUUGGGUUGUUCUUUUUCUGCCAUGGAUGGGCGAGACAUUGCAGAGGAUAUCCGUGAUAACUUUGUAGAGAAACCCCCAGGUUCACAACCAUCCAGCUACAGGUUAGGAAGGAAUAGAGAAUUCUAUGUUAGAUAUAUUAUUGUUGGAUGUAUUCUGAUGUCUCAUGUUUUAUCACAAAUACAUAAAACCAGUGUUGGAACAGAAAGAAGGGUGGGGAUUAAGAAUCUCUUCCUUUCCUUUUCAUUAUUUUCUUUUAAUGAGGGAAAGGCCGUGUAAUCGUGUUGUUUGUGUAGAUGCAAAUAAUAAUAGUUUUCCAAACAAAUAAUUUGUUUGUCCCCCUCCCCCCUGUCUCUCUUUAUCGUCCUCUCUCUCUUUCUUAGGAUGUGUAAACAAAAAAAAUUGAAUAAAUGGCAGCAAGCAAACUGCCCCCCCCCCCCACCUCACGCUGGGAGUACGUGAGUAAUGUUAGUCUAUCGAAGGUUACCCAAGAAUCUUCCUGGUAUUUCACGUGUGUACCCUUUCUCCUGGGAGGAGAGUGGCACUGUGAGAGUGAACCUUAUUUUCCAGGUCAGCCAGUACGCAAGUCAUAAGCCAACAGUGUCUCUUACAAAGUAGUACUAAGGAUGAUUAGUAAUUAUUACUUAUAGUGAUAUGGUAAUCCUGUUACUCAGGUUCAAAGUCCACUACUAUGACACCAAUCCAAAUGGCGACGGCAAAACCAAAGUUGGCGAAGGUGAAAUUUUGUUCAUUGCGCCUAGACACCCAAAUAAAACCGCACAAAAGAAGACUUUUGAUUCCUGGGGAGAGGUUUUGCGUGACAUUGAUGUUGAUCUCGAGGCUGGCCACUGGGGACCUGGGCCGGAGCUAUCGGCGGAAGAAGUGGACCGUUUGACCUUCUGUUGCUGUGAAUGUUGCCAUGGUAACACGUGCCGAGGAUUGUCAGAGUGGAUGUGUGGGGCGUUUCCACAGCAUUCCACUGGGAAUCAGUUCUUCACACAAGCCAUGUUUACCAGCUAUCACAGGGAAGGCUAUCGCGCAUGCAUGGAGGCAGAAGCUGCUGAAUUCCUUUUUGAAGGCCAACGACCGGAGUCUGCAGCCACUGCGUUUUCUUCGAUAUAA